AUGGCCACUCCCACAAGGGGCCCUUCCCUGACACUGCAUUCUCCAAAGACACCACCGGGGUUCCCAGAUUUGUAUGGGAAACGCCGUGACAUGGCCAGAGUUCACAUGCUUGAAAGAGAGAUAAGUUUUCUUGAGGAAGAGUUAAAAUCUUCUGAAGGCCUUCAACCAGCUUCAAGAUGCUGCAAAGAGAUUGCUGAUUUUGUGAUGGCAAACUCAGAUCCUGUGUUACCUACGAGCAAAAAGAACCGCCGGUCAUGUAGCUUCUGGAAGUGGCUGUGUGGAAUGCCCUGCUUUAACUUGUCAUGGAUCUUCUGUUGGUGCUGUGAUGGGUGCUCUGAACAUCUAAAAUGGCCAAGCUGCUGUUGCCACUGCAAGCCAUGCUGCAAUUGGAUUAGUAGUUGUCUUCCAUCUAUCAAUUGCUCCUUACCCAAGUGGGGUUGUUGCUCAGGUCAAAAAUCACAUUGCUGUAAAGAUAAAUGUGGUUGCAAAAAUUGUUGUAUUGUCCCAAGUUGCAAUUUUGGGUGGCCUUUUCCCUCUUGCUGCUUGUGCAAAUGCUCUUGCUCUUGUUCUUGCCCAAGCUGUCCAAAAAUUCGCCCAUGUUGCUGCUGUACAAAGUCCUGUUGGAAACCUUGCUGUUCAUGUUGCUAG